UCCACACACCUCAUUUUCUCUUCUCCCACUGGAGCAGAAAUCCCGCCACAACAAGCCGACGUCUGCACAUCCGCACAUCACUCGUACGCCACAGAGAGACACAACUUGACUGUCUGUGUCUCUUGGAUCUCAUUGAUUUGAUUGCCCGUACUGCUGUACGCCUGGACGCUAUCGAAUCUGGGAAAUCCUCCCUGGGGGCUGUCCCUCUUGUCGCGCUUCCAUCCCUUGCUCACACCCCAUUGAUUGGCUCUCUUUGCACCGCUGCCACCAACCACACCUCUCCCUUGCUACCGCCGCCAUUGAUUGAAUUGAUCAACAGCCAACAAUAGCAACCACACGCUGGCCCGCGAGCCUCGUACCAUCCCGCCUCCUUCGUUCGCUCUGUCCUUGUCCUAUCGCUGUCGCCUGUCUAUCUGUGGAACCUGGGGAAGAAACUGUCAACUCGCCCUGCGUUGGUGAUAUCCCUCGUUAUCGUCCUCGGCGCUGGUCCGCUCCUUGUUACCCCCUCGAGGCUUCCCUAGAUCUCGCUCACGAUCUCUACUCCCAACUUCGCCACGCGCCUUUCAGGCAUCCCCCGUUCAACCCGAAACAUCCUCCUUUUGCCUUCGUCACGAUAUCGACUGCUCGAGUCUUCUUUUACCAGAUAAUUUGCUUCGAUCAAUGCGCUGACAACUUUGCCUUCGAAUCAGGCACGACUUACCCUGUUCUAAGCGACACAAAGUGCCUGAGCGAUCAUGUUGGCAUCUCCGCAGACUAUGAACGGUGACCAUGGCCCAAUGUUGGACAAAAACAACAUUAUAAAUGUAAGAGAUGGGGAAUCGCUCUACCAAAUAUGUAUCAAACUUCGGCGACGCUUGUCCGGUGUGCCUGGGUUCCGCCCGUACCUCGAGGAAAUGGAAGAGCGCGAGGCCGAUGGUUUGACCGAUCCGGUGUCUUCCCUGUGGCAGUGUUUCAGAAGCGGCCUACCGCUGCUCACCAUCUAUAAUGCUUCCAACCCGGAAGAAGGCGACCUUACUGUUGAUACAAGUCGGCCGGACAGAGUAGGCAAGGAAGCAGCAUUUCUGUUCAUCAAAUCAUGCAUGCAACAGAUGAACAUUCCGGCAGCUGACACCUUCACUGUGACCGAUCUGUAUAGCGACAAUACCACUGGAUUUGUGAAGGUCACAAAACUGGUGAACCGGGUGCUGGACAUGCUGAAGUUGAGCGGCAAACUCCACCCAUCAACGGACAGUGAAGAUUCUCGCGACGGGACGGACGCCGCAUCCAACGCUCCAGAGCAGACCCCAAAGACAAUGACCCGACGACAAUAUAUCCUAAGGGAACUUGUGGAGACGGAGAGACAGUAUGUUCAUCAUUUGCAAAAUUUGCAAGCGUUGAAGAAGGAACUGGAAGAAGUAGGCGCCCUGACUGGGGAUGCCAUCCACAACAUUUUCCUCAACCUUAACAAUCUAUUGGACUUUGCGCAACGAUUUUUGAUUCGGAUCGAACAACAAAACGAAAUGCCAGAAGAGCAACAGAAUUGGGGUCGACUUUUUGUUCACUACAGGGAUCCUUUCCGACAGUACGAGCCUUUCAUUGCCAACCAGAGGAGAUGCGAAGCCACCUGCCAACAGGAAUGGGACAAAAUGGUUGCGACCGCAAGAUCCCCAUUGACGCAACAGAUGCUCGCGAACCCCACAAUUCUCAACGGAUUUCUCCUCAAGCCCUUCCAGAGGCUGACGAAAUAUCCUCUCCUGCUGAAGGACCUGCUUAAUCAAAUAGAAGACCCUACCCUCAAGUCCGAUCUGACCAGUGCCAUUGCCAUCAUUCAAGAUGUGCUCAUGCAGGCGGAUGCUUCCAUCGACAAGGAAACUCGAGAUGACGCCCUUCAAGAUCUACAAGAGCGGAUAGACGACUGGAAACAAUUGCAAAUUGCGGCCCUUGGCGAGCUUCUCCUGCUUGGAACGUUUAGUGUCAUGAAAGAGAGCGCCAUUCGAUCAGACGAGAAAGAAUAUCAUAUCUACCUCUUCAGCCGGAUUUUGGUCAUGUGCAAAGAUGUCAAUGCCAACAAACCGAAGAACAGGCUGGCGAACAACAAACCGGCACUCAGUCUACGCGGCAAGCCCAAGAUGAACUUGAAAGGACGGAUCUAUUUUGCCAAUGUCACCCAAGUCAUCCCUACGACAAGUCCCGGAAAUUAUUGCCUACAGAUUUCAUGGAAAGGCGAAUCAGGGAUCGAGACGUUCAACAUCAAAUUCAAAAACGACGACACACUGCAAAAGUGGCACAACUUGAUUGAGACUCAACGGUCGGCAUGCAUGCUAGAGUCGAAGACAAGAGGCAUUUCGGAAACUCAUCUCCUUUCCUUGCAGGGAGCGAACCUAGAAAAUCCAUAUCUCGCUCAGGAUGAGGACGACGAUUACAACAGACUUUCCAGCACAACUUAUGGUGGAACUGAUGUAAAUGGAUAUUCCGAAUUCAGCAUGAGCAGAAACGCCUCAAGUACGAGUCUUCGGUCACGGUCCGCCACGGGAGGCAGCGGAGGCAGUGGUCCCCAAAUGUCAGCUAACCGCAUGCGAGUGCCGACUGGCGAAAUAGGGGCACUUUCACUGAACACUCGAGGACUUCCCACAGCGUCUCCGCAAGAAUUCAACGGCGGCUCAUAUUUCUCUCCCAUUGACCGGGAUACGCCGCCGGGGUCAUCAAUGUCGGCUCGCUCGAGUUCACAAUCUGCCUUUGCGGGAUAUCACCGAGGGACUACUCCAGUGGGCGGGGGCAUGCACCCUCCAGAGUCACAUCGAAACACUGCUCCCGCCAUGGCUCGAAACCCCAACGGCCAAACAAGUGGAAAUCCAUAUCUGGCCAACGGCCGAAGUCGAGGACAGUCAUCUGGCCCAGGAAUGCCGGUACCUCGCAUGCGAUCUGCGAGCAGUCCUGAUGUGCACCCAAUGGUUCAACAAAGUCGCAAGUACACUUCGACCGAGCAUGUCCCAACCGUACCACCUAUACCCGCUCAUAUGGCCAAACAGAUGGCUCCUCCAAGCAGGAGUCAGAACAAUUCACCUAUUAACGCACCUCCCUCACGAGGAGGCACUCCACAUCAACAAUUUGGGCUGCCCUCUGCGCCGCGCCCUGCCAUGCCAGGUCACGGUUAUAGUUAUGAUCCAUCGUAUAACAUUGAUCCUAGGCGACCUGGACAUGCACCCUCACUCUCGCAAGGUCGGGCUUUCUCGCCUCCGGUAUCGUCGCCCUCGAGCGAUGGUGAACCGUAUAUCCCCAGUCAACUCAAAGCCAAAGUCUGCUUCGAUGAGAACUAUGUCUCGAUGAUCAUCGCCAGCAACAUUCAGUUCAGAUCGUUGGCCGAUCGUAUCGACGCGAAGCUAGCACGGUUCACGAAUCAUUCUAUUGCUUCCGGGUCUGUUCGGUUGCGCUACCGCGACGAGGAUGGCGAUUUCAUUCUUAUCGACAGUGACGAGGCGGUUCAUGAAGCUUUGCUAGACUGGCGUGAGACGCAUGCUGCGAAUUCGGCGAAUCCGCAAAACGCAGAGCUGUUGUUGUUUGCACAUGCUACCCAUGGCGAGUCCAUAGUGAAUGGUUGAAAUAAGAGCAAGAUUCUGCAACGUGCAAAAUCCGACAGCUCAAGUCUUCGACCAGAAGUAGCCUCUUCGAAGUCGAGGAGUUUGCCAAUCCUGUUUACAGCAAACGGCCGAGGUCACUAUAAGGCAGCAGCGCCUCAUUCUCAUACAGGCAUCUAUACACCCUCCUGAGGAGAUUGACAUGCCGGGCCGACUAAUCACAUCCCUAGGAACAGGGCCAAGAGUACAUUGAGACGAGCUAUGAUGUGACGGGUUAUGAUGUUGGAUAUGGUUAAGGAACAAGGGAAUGAAGGGAGUACAGAGGAACGGCGAUGCGGCUGCGAAUUAAAGAUAUUGAAGUCCAGUGGAGGACAAGAGGUGGCGCAUGUGCAUAGGAGUGAGAUUACUCAAUAUCUCUAUCGAUACCUGUUGUCAGAAAUUGGCAAUAUAUUAUCAUCGUCUCCUUUGUUGCCCAGAGAGGAUAUAAGCUGAAUACUUCUGAAUUGGUGUCACCAGGUGUGGUUCAGAUGAGGUCAUAUGUAUGUUCAUAAAAUCCCGUCGCCAUCCAGCAAGUUGACAAGCCUUACCUGCAAGGACCUGCUGGGGUCUCAAGGGGUGGCCGAUGCCCUUCACAUACUUGUAUUCUGUAUAGUGUUUGCUAAGAUAAGACCGAAGGUUCGAG